UCCUGCUUGCCCUAUGGUUGACUUGAGUUGGACCGGAGUGUUUCCUUGUGAGCUGGGAUGGAGGGGGAGUGCACUAGCCGUUCUCAUUCUGUCAGCUGUGUUUAUCACCUGCUACUCACUCAUCACUGCCUGCUUGGUGAGAUGGAACCCUCGGAAACAAUGGAACUCAACCACAUCAGUUUUUGAUACUCAAGAAAAGCCGAUCAAGUUCCAAGUGAGAGCUCAGAGCACUAAUCGGCCCCCCACUCUCAGUCUGUAUAUACUGUUACUGAUAUUCCGCUUACUGUUACAGUCAGGAGAUGUUGAAGCAAACCCUGGACCAACGCUUGGCUCAAUUCUGACUCUCGGUGAUGUGAAUUUUGUUUACAAGAACUUGAUAAAAGCUGCUGGAGACUGGUUAGACCUGGGACUUGAUCUGGGAUUAGAUCCUGGCACCCUCAAAGAUAUAAAAGAUGAGUGUCACAGGAACAAGGACUGCUUACGUGAAAUGAUAUCUGCUCGCUUGAAGACUGGCCCUCUCACCUAUUCUGACAUAUGUCAAAGUCUCAGAGCACCAACAGUUGCACGGAAUGAUGUCGCUGAGGCUAUAGAGGAGGCAUGUACAGGUAUGAAUAGUCAUGAGGCUAACCUUGACCUUUUCUAUUGAUAAAUAUCAGUAUACCGUAGCCUAAAGCUAGGAACGUAACUUAGAUAUGUAGAACAAUUGUGAGGCUACUAGCAAUAUAGACCACACUAUAAGCAUUUCCAUGAAUAGUCAACAGUACUUAAC